GGAUCCUACUGCUGCAUUCUUCUCUGAUAGCUCCUGCCUGUCCUCUAGAGGAAGAGUCAUCAAGUGGUUCUGGGACUCAGCUGAGGAGGGCUACAGGACCUACCACAUGGACGAAUAUGAGGAGGACAGGAACCCUGGUGUGAGUGAAGCUCCUCCCUCAGGACCCCAGGGCAGGCAUCUACCCUGACCUACAGGGCAGCACCCAGCUUGUGCCUGUCAGGCUGGAGUUAUGAUCCUCUGGUUCCAGGAGGGAUUCUCAUAUAACUCAUAAAGGUCCCAGUUUACUGGCCCAUUUAUAGUUAAGGAGACUCAGAUUUGUGAGGGAAGAAUUCAAGAAACAUAGAAUGCUCACCCCUGCCCAACUAUUCAACUUUGUGGUUGUUUUAAUAAAGUUGACUAUCUAAUCCAAGGCCUUGCACAUGUUAGAUAAGUGCUUUACCACUGAGCCCAUCUCCAACCUCAGCUGUUUCAUGUUGGAGCUGGGGUAGAUUCAGGUCACAACUCUUUCUUAUUGUUGAUCUGAUUUCUUAACCUCUUUCAAGUUUAGUUAAUUUCUGAGAUUGGAUAAUAAUGUCUGCUCUGUAGAAGAGUCCAUGUCAUAUGAGAGCAGGGGUGUGCAGUUAUUGACGGUGCUUGUCAUAUAGUACACCUGAUAAAUAGUAACUGCUAUGAUUAUUAAUCUGUCUCAAUUAUCAUAAGCUAUUAUGAGUAAUACUUUGUAGGUCAGAGAGCUUCACAAUAAUCCUGUAAUCUAUUUGUUGAGCAUCUACUAGUAUUGCAUCAGUGGGCAAAAGUGAAACUCUGCCCUAUGUAUUUAUAGUUUAGUUGAGACAUACAGUGAACAAAGGUAUGUAUACUAUCUACUGGUAAAUACUGCAGAGAAAUUGAAGACAGGGUGAAGUAGAGAAGGCAUGAUGGGGUGGGGGUGCUGCUAUUUAAUAUAAGGAUGUUAUGGAAGGUAUUUUAAUAAGGUUACAUUUGUAGAGACUUGAAACAAGUGAGAGAUUAUAUUAUUUAUUCAUUGCUGAAAUAAAUCACCCCAAAUCUCAGCAACUUAGGUAACAAACAUUUCCUAAUCGCUGGGGUUCAGGACUCCUGGUGAGUGUCUUGGGAUCAGGGGCUUCUAUGACAACACCCCAAAGCUGUGGUCUCAUCUGAAAGCUUGACUGGAUGGGAGGACAUGGACAGGUGAGAGGCUCCAUCUCCAAGCUCACUUAUGUGGUUCCUGGUGGACUUUAGUUCUUCCUCACAUGGGCUUUUCCCCAGAACUGCCUCAGACAUGGCACUUGGCUCCCUCCAGGGCAGAUGACCCAAGAAAGAAUGAGAGAUCAUGAGAACCCAUGAUGGAAACUACAUGCUUUUAUAACCUGAGCUUAAAAGUGGCAUCCCAUCACUUCUGCAUAUUCUGUUCAUCAGAAGCAAGUUGGUAGAUAUGGUUUCCAUAUAAGAUAUGAGAAUGUCAAGGAGCCAUGGUCGAGGCUGCCCUCCACCAGGACUGAGGCAUGAAGCAGCCGGAACAGUGAGCACAAAACAGAUCCAAGCUGGAUCUGUGCUGGAACAGACCAAGGAACAACAAAGGAAUCACUGGGGCUUCAGUAAAACCAGGCUGGGCAUCAUUAACCUGGGCACCAGUGAAAACAAGCUCUGCUUUGACCUGCUGUCCAGGAGGCUGACUCAGGAUGACAUGCUGCGGGUGGAGCCAUCUCUACUGCAGUACCCUGACUGGAGGGGACAUCUGUUCCUCCGGGAAGAAGUGGCUAAGUUCUUGUCUUUCUACUGCAAGAGCCCAGAACCCCUCAAACCAGAGAAUGUGGUGGUUCUGAACGGCUGUGCCUCUCUCUUCUCCUCUCUGGCUACUGUACUGUGUGAGACCGGGGAGGCUCUCCUGAUCCCUACCCCUUACUAUGGAGCCAUCACUCAGCACGUUUAUCUCUAUGGCAGUGUCCGACUGGCCUAUGUCUACCUGGACAGUGAGGUCACUGAACUGGACACACGUCCCUUCCAGCUCACAGUGGAGAAGCUGGAGAUGGCCCUGCAUGGAAUUAAUUCUGAGGGUGUCAAAGUCAAAGGCCUCAUCCUUAUCAACCCCCAGAACCCUCUGGGUGAUGUCUAUUCUCCUGAAGAGCUGUGGGAGUUCCUGGGAUUUGCCAUGAGGCACAAACUGCAUGUGAUUGUGGAUGAGGUUUACAUGCUGUCCGUGUUUGAGGAGUCGCUUGAGUACCGCAGUGUCCUGAGUCUGGAAAGGCUGCCUGACCCCCAGAGGACACAUGUGAUGUGGGCCACCAGCAAGGACUUUGGAAUGUCUGGGCUCCGCUUUGGCACGCUGUACACGGAAAACCAGCACGUGGCCACUGCUGUGGCUUCCCUCUGCCGCUAUCAUGGUCUCAGUGGCCUGGUCCAACACCAGAUGGCACAGCUGCUCCAAGACCAUGACUGGAUCAAUGAUGUGUAUCUGCCAGAAAACCACGCCAGGCUCAAGGCUGCCCACACCUAUGUCUCAGAAGAACUAAGAGCCAUAGGGCUCCCCUUUGUGAGUCGGGGGGCAGGCUUCUUCAUCUGGGUUGACUUGAGAAAGUACCUUCGCAAGAGCACCUUUGAGGAGGAGGCGUUGCUUUGGCGCAAAUUUUUGGACAACAAAGUGCUGCUGUCUUCCGGUAAGGCCUUUGAAUGUAAAGAACCUGGCUGGUUCCGCAUUGUCUUCUCAGACAAGGAGCACCGCCUCCGCCUGGGGAUGCAGAGAUUUCGUCAGGUGCUUGAGGCCCAAUCCCAAGAGGCAGAAGACACUUCUCCCCAGCAGACCCAGGAGCCAAGUGGCCAGCCCAGAUGAGGUGGCAGUUGCCUGUCAAGCAUCCAUGACCCUGCAACCUGGCCAUGGGGGGCUGCAGAAGACUGAUUGUGGGUGUGUCAUUUGUCAACAGGCUUCCCGGCUUUGCUUUACCCUGGAAGAAUUAUUUCCUGCCUUUUCUGUUGGCAGUGGGAGACUGUUUAAAUUGAGGUUCAUCCCAGGUCAUUGUCCUCCUAUUCAGUGAGAUUGGGGUCAGCCAAAUGCCUGUGUCCUGAAUAGUUUACAGACUGGAGAUUUGUGACUGCUCCUCACUGCAGCACUCAGACUGAGACAUGAGCAGACAACUUACUCAUUCUUUGUGGUGCCUUUGUGCCUCAUUGUUGCCAGGGAAACAAGCCAGAAGAACAGCACAUAUAGUCUAUACCCCCCCCCCCACAAAGUGACAACAUUCCAAGGGACAUGGAUUGAAUUCUGUUCAUCCAGGAUAAGCAUCAGCUAUGGAGGAGGUGAGCAGGACCCCAUGGUGGGAAUUAGGAGGGGCUUGUCAAUGGAGAUGAAGUGGCCCCUCAGGUUCUGGGACUUGCCUCCUCCUUUCUGGGAAGGGCUGCCUUCCCUGAGGUCCCCAAAGCAGCGGCCUAACAAUUCUUGUAGGAGGGAGAGGGACUUGGAGGAGGAAGAGGGACUUGGGGCUGGAACUCUGGACUGAGGCUGCCUGGGGGCCAGGUUAAGACUGGCCUUCCUGUGCUAAGUGACAAUGGGCUACCUGUCCAAUCCUCAAAGUACUUUAGUGUCGAUUCUGAGUGAGUGUGGGAUUCCUCAGGCUGUGUACUGCCACUUUCUUAGGAGCCCAAGUUCCUGCCUUCUAAAAGCUGGCUCCCAAUCUUAAGUAGCGUGUAA